CUUGUCAACUGUGAAAAAUUUAUCAAAAAACUUCCACCUCUCUCUUUUUCUACCAAUUACUCAAGACAUCAUCAUGGCCUCCAACUCCAAGGUGUAUUUUGACGUGGAAGCUGGUGGUGCGCCUCUGGGCCGCAUCGAGAUGGAACUGUACAAUGAUGUGGUGCCUAGGACAGCUGAGAACUUCCGUGCUCUUUGCACCGGCGAGAAGGGGUUCGGUUAUGCCGGAUCUACCUUCCAUCGUGUCAUCCCACAGUUCAUGCUCCAGGGUGGCGAUUUCACCAAGGGAAAUGGCACCGGUGGAAAGUCGAUCUAUGGCGAGACGUUCCAAGACGAGAACUUCCAGCUGAAGCACACUGGACCGGGAAUCCUUUCUAUGGCGAACGCCGGUAAAAAUACCAAUGGCUCUCAGUUCUUUAUCACAACUGUCAAGACCUCAUGGCUUGAUGGCGCGCAUGUUGUUUUCGGCAAGGUCGUGAGCGGCAUGGACGUGGUUCAGCAGAUUGAGAAACUUGGUAGCUCGAGCGGCAAACCCAGCAAGACAGUUGUGAUUAAGUCUUCUGGACAGCUCUAGAUGAUUGUAUCGCUCUGAUGAAGGAGAAUGAUUCAAGAUGUUAUCUGCCGGUUCUGGAAAAAAAAAU